AUCAGCAGUUUACAUGAAGUUGACUGAUGUUGGAUGAAGAUCCCUUGGAGUGACGACAUUCAGGGGCUUCAAAGCGACGGGGCAAUGCUUUCAAGAAGUCAAAACCUUGGACCGAUGUGCAGACUCUGUUCCGUGGUCUGUCGUAGACUAUGUGACAAGGCUGAUAAAAGUCCUGAGUUUAUGGAGACCUGGUCGGAGAAACCAACAAGGAGCAAACUGAAUGAGGAAUCAGCAGAAUUGAUCAGAAGUUGCAUAAAAAAGAAUCGAAGAUACCAGAAUAGCAUUGUGAUGGAAAAUUUUGGGAGACAUGAAAUUUAUCUGAACACCAAGAAGAACCUGGAUCUCGCCUUCCUUACACAGGAUUCUACCAAACAACAUCUGUACAGGAGAAUGAAUAGUGACAUCAUCACAAGGAGGAAAGACUUCCCUCUGCCAUUGAAGGAGUAUUAUCGGGGAGCAAUGGGGAUAGAGCACCUGGAGGAAUGGGAUCCUGUACUAGUGGUUGGGAUUGCUCACCGAACAUCACUAAGUAAUUUGUCCUGGAUGGCCCACAAAAGUACAGGAAUGCUGAGCUUAAAAAAUGUUGAACUCUUUAUCCUGAUGACAGGAGAUGAUGUUAUUAGAUUAAUGAGACCACACAACUUGGUGAGGUCUCAAGUGUUUUUGCACAAUUUUUUUAAAAUAGAAGUUUUGAUGAAGAUACCAAAAACAUCUGUCGAUCCUAAAUUGGUCCCAUUUCGGGGAGCUGGUGACUUGUGCUUUACACGGGAAUAUAAAAUGUGCGAUGAAUAUGUAACAGCAGAUUCAAGGGACAACAACUACCUAGUGCACUUUGUGAUAAAUAAUGAUUUCAACCUAAAAGAAGAUUAUUUGGAGUUUUUUGCACUUGUGUCAUUACUUCGAGCUCCUGAGGUGAAUGUGAUAAGAAAACUGGAGAGUGCUUUCCCCGGAUCAGGCUUGCCACUGAUCAAGGCAGGCUACACCAUGACACACAAAGUAAAACAACUGACACCAGAGCAGUACUUUGACAUAUUUAAGAUAAUCAGAAAAGUGGAUACCUACAAAAAUGUGACAGAGAUGGAAGAAGAAAACUACCAUGUACAGCAAACAUGAGUCCUGGCGUCCAUGGUAACAGUUCCACAGCAUUGAUCCGUGCCAUGGGAGAUUUCCACAAGGGU